GCAUUGCAUUCCUUCUCCAAGUCUCAGGCUCUCAAUCCUCCUCGCGAUUUCUGUGGGCCAUCCAUGGAAUCCCAAUCCCUCUCUGCAGGACCAGCAUUCCUUGCAACUUCUUCAUCAGAUCGAGACUGACAAUGUUGUCGUUGUUAUUUCCUUUCCUUUCGGCUCUCGUCGAUUGCUUGAGGCCCAAUGCGCGUAUAAUCUUCCACGAGUAGACUUGUCAAAGCAGUCUAUCAUAUUAUCACCAUCCAUGUCUUCCCACUCUUGAAUGUAUGAUAUCAUUUGUUUCGGAUUAGAUCAAUCAUUAUCUAUCAUCGGUAUGAGCACUCGUAGUCAUCCAGGAUGGAUCUUUAUGAAGAGAAAAGGAUGAUUUAUCCCUCCCUGGGCAUCGUCCCUGCUCACAUAAUCCAACGACAGCAUCACCUGUGCCCGACCACACACAAAAGCUCUAUCGAUCGGCCUGGGUGGAAGCCGUGUUUGACCUGUCUUCCCUGUCCUGGAGACCAGUGCUUUUCGCACCAUGGUCGUAUCCGAGCCAGCAUCGGCAGCAUUUCAUGAUGGUGUAUGCAUCUAAACCACAUCUUUACCCUCCCCACUGGUCCGUGAGAUCUUUGCCCUCCCCACCUACACGCAAUAAAUGGCUUCAACUACAUCGCAUGAAACCAUCUUCAGCUUGUUGUGUCACGUACGGUGCACAGGCUUGUAUCAAGUUGAGCUCGGAAAGUUCGGUGGGGGGGUCUUCGAUCGAGUGCGAAAGAGAGUGGAAGGGAAGGCAUGGCAUGGAGAGGGUCCACAACCCACACAACCAACCUUCCAACUAGCAACAGUUGCAGCCGAAGCCGAUGCCACCUUAAAGCUUGCGUUGGAUGCUCUGUGGAGUCAACGGAAUCUUUUGCUUGUUGACAUCAAUCAUGGUGCCGACAUCCUUUUGCCUUCGACCCCAGCGAGAGUCUUCCAAGAUCCAAACAAAACCAGAACUUGGUGUGGUAAUCCAAGAUUGACCGACUUUGAAGUCGAUGCACGGCACAGUUCUUUGGGAAAAAGCAUCUUCACCUUACGAUUCAUCACGUGUAGCACAGCACAGCUGCUUCUAAUACUCGACCAGCGUGCCCUGCAGCGGGUGGAGAGCUUCAUCGCUUCUCUAGGCCGCGCACUGAGAUGGGGACUCUCGUCUUCCUCCUGUUCGUGUUCCUGGCGAGUCUUCAAACCAGUUCGGGAAGCACAGAUGCCCAAGAUGUUGCUGCUCUACUUUCGCUGAUGACGCAGUGGCAGAACACACCUCCAAGCUGGGGGAAGACGGACGAUCCUUGCGGAACACCAUGGGAAGGAGUCCAGUGCAGCAAUUCCCGAGUGACAAGCCUGACGCUGUCAACCAUGGGUAUCAAAGGUACACUAGGAGACGACAUCGGGCAGCUCAGUGAAUUGAAGAUCUUGGAUCUGUCCUACAACACGAUGCUUGGCGGAACGCUCACUCCAAAUAUUGGGAACCUGAUGGAACUGACCAUUCUGAUCUUGGUGGGAUGCAGCUUCAACGGGAACAUCCCAGACGAACUAGGAUCGCUAGGAAACCUCUCUUACUUGGCUUUGAACUCGAACCAGUUCACCGGUAGCAUCCCAGCUUCCCUGGGCAAGCUUUCCAAUCUGAACUGGUUCGAUAUCGCAGACAAUCAGUUGACGGGGCCUCUUCCGAUCUCCACCGAAACAUCACCAGGCUUGGACCAGCUCGUCCGCACGCAGCAUUUCCACUUCAACAAGAACCAAUUAUCAGGUGCCAUCCCAGAAAAACUCUUCAGUUCUGACAUGACACUGUUACAUGUGCUUUUCGACGGCAACAACUUCACCGGAAAAAUUCCGGAUUCCAUAGGCCUCGUUCAGAAAAUUCAGUUUCUUCGAUUGGACAGGAAUGAUCUAAGCGGUCCGGUCCCUUCCAACAUUAACAAUCUUACCCACGUCAAGGAACUAAACCUAGCAAAUAACAGGUUGACAGGUAUGAUGCCAAAUCUGACUGGGAUGAAUAGCCUCAACUAUGUGGAUUUGAGCAACAACACAUUCGACGCAUCAGAAACCCCAGCCUGGUUCUCGGAACUGCAACAUCUGAGAGCUCUAGUGAUAGAAUCUGGAGGACUUUAUGGAGAGGUACCGAAAGAGCUGUUCAGCUUCACUCAACUGCAGCAAGUGAUCCUUGAUUACAAUGAAUUUAACGGAACCCUUGACAUGGGCAAUAGCAUCAGCCAGCAAUUACAGAUCGUAAAUUUCAAAAACAAUAAGCUUACAAGAGUUGCACUUGACAGCAGUUACGAUAGAACUCUCAUUCUCGUAGGAAAUCCUAUAUGCAAUCAGCUCUCCAAUACAAAAUUUUGCAGUCUUCGACAAGAGCCAGCAAUUCCUUCUUAUUCAACCAGUCUUGCCGAAUGUGCAGCGAACUUGUGUCCCCCAGAUCAGAGUCUCAACCCACAAAAUUGCAAAUGCGUCUACCCAUAUGAGGGAGUGAUGUUUUUCAGAGCACCUCUAUUCCGAGAUGUGACAAACAGCACACUGUUCCAAUCAUUGGAGAGCAGCCUGUGGAAAAAACUUGACCUUCCUCCUGGAUCAGUGUUUCUUCAAAACCCCUUUUUCAACAAUGACUCUUACCUGCAGGUACAAGUUAAAAUUUUCCCAUCCAGCGGAAUGUACUUCAACAGGUCUGAAAUUCUACAGAUUGGAUUCAAAUUGAGCAAUCAAACAUAUAAGCCGCCUGAAAUUUUCGGACCUUACUAUUUCAAAGCAUUCCAAUAUCCUUUCCCAGGCGUUGAAGGAAAAUCGCCAAUAGCUAUUGGCUUGAUCAUUGGAAUAGCAGUUGGUUGUGCACUUCUGGUUAUUGGACUUCUUCUCAUAACAAUCUAUGCCUUGAGACAAAGGAAACAGGCUCAAAGGGCCAUAAAACUAAGCAAACCAUUUGCAUCGUGGGCACACAGUGGUGAUGAAAUUGUUGAUGCACCACAAUUGAAGGGAGCAAGAUGGUUUUCGUACGAUGAACUUAGAAGAUGUACCAAUAACUUUUCAGUGUCUAAUGAAAUUGGGUCUGGAGGGUAUGGAAAGGUCUACAAGGGAAUGCUUCCAGGAGGGCAAGUAGUUGCAAUCAAGAGGGCACAGCAAGGAUCAAUGCAAGGUGGGCAUGAAUUCAAGACUGAAAUUGAGUUGCUAUCCAGGGUUCAUCACAAAAACCUGGUGGCUCUAGUGGGCUUCUGCUUUGACGAAGGGGAGCAGAUGUUGGUAUAUGAAUUCAUUCCAAAUGGAACAUUAAGAGAAGGCCUCUCUGGAAAGAGUGGGAUACUACUUGACUGGAGGAGGAGACUUCGAAUCGCACUGGGUUCAGCAAGAGGAUUGGCUUAUCUUCAUGAGCUUGCUGAUCCUCCAAUCAUCCACAGGGAUGUUAAGACAAGUAACAUCCUACUGGAUGAAAAGUUAAAUGCAAAGGUUGCAGAUUUUGGUCUCUCAAAGCUAGUAUCAGACAACGAGAAGGGGCAUAUUUCUACUCAAGUAAAAGGAACAAUGGGUUAUCUUGAUCCAGAAUACUACUUGACACAACAGUUGAGUGACAAAAGUGAUGUUUAUAGCUUUGGAGUGGUUAUGUUAGAACUGAUAACUGCUAAACAACCACUUGAGAAAGGAAAGUACAUUGUCCGUGAGGUGAAGAUGGCGAUAAAUGCAGAUGAUGAAGAAUUCUAUGGUUUAAAAGAGUUGAUGGAUCAUGCAAUCCAAAACGCAGCUUAUCUCAUAGCUUUCAGGAAGUUUGCAGAGUUGGCCUUGAGGUGUUUAGAAGAGUCAGCUGGAGAUCGUCCAUCAAUGAGUGAUGUUGUGAAGGAAAUCGAGAUAAUGUUGAAUGCUGAUGGUCUAAGUACAAACUCAAAUUCAGCAUCUUCAUCUGCCACAGAUUUUGGAUAUGCAAAAGGCGUUCCUAAACAUCCUUACGAUUCUCAUUCUAGAAAGGAUGUUAGCAGCAGCAAUUCUUUUGAAUACAGUGGUGGAUACACAUUCUCAACAAAACCUGAGCCCAAAUAACAAGGGAUCUCCAUUUCCAAUUAUCUUUUUUAUUUUUGUAUUUGGACAGUACAUAUUCCUCCAAGUGUCAAUGCAUUGCAGAACUACAGAAAAAGAAAAUUCUCAGCCUGCAGGUAACAUUCCAA